AUGCUCGCGGAGAGGAUGCCCAUGCUGGGGGAUAAGCGCCUGCCCGACACCACGGUUCUUCAACGGCACUUCGAAGCGGGCGGUGCCCUGCACGAGGCGGAUGUAAUUUGGUUGAUUGAGGCUGCCGCCGUGUUGUUUGCGCAGGAACCAAAUGCUUUGCGCCUGGAGGAUCCCAUCACCGUAUGCGGCGACAUACACGGGCAGAGCUAUGAGCUGAUUACCUUAUUACAACUUGGUGGUGCCCCGAAUGACACGCAAUAUUUGUUUCUUGGGGACUACGUUGACCGGGGCAUCUUUUCCUGCGAGGUGACGCUUCCCCUCUUUGCUUUCAAAAUUCGGUACCCAAAGUCAUUCUGGAAUGCUGCGCGGGAACCACGAGUGCCGGCGGCUUGCCUGCCACUUCGCAUUUCGUGA